AUGAGCCUCAGCGAGGAGCAGGUGCAGGGCUUCCUGGACCAGAACCCCGGCUUCGCCCAGCAGUACUUUGAGAAGAAGCUGAGCCCCGAGGACGUGGGCCGGGCCUGCGAGGAUGGGCUGCCCGCGGACUGCAGCAGCCUGCGCGAGCUGUGCCAGGUGGAGGAGGGCAUGGCGCUGUUCGAGCUGGUGCAGGACAUGCAGGAGAGCAUCAACAUGGAGCGUGUGAUCUUCAAGAUCCUGCGACGCCUGUGCCCCAUCCUGCACGCCGACCGCUGCAGUCUCUUCAUGUACCGGCAGCGCAACGGUGUGGCUGAGCUCGCCACGCGGCUCUUCAGCGUGCAGCCGGGCAGCGUCCUGGAGGACUGCCUGGUGCCCCCGGACUCUGAGAUCGUCUUCCCGCUGGACAUCGGGGUCGUAGGGCACGUGGCUCAGACCAAGAAGAUGGUGAACGUGGAGGAUGUGUCAGAGUGUCCCCACUUCAGCCCAUUCGCCGACGAGCUCACCGGCUACACGACGAGGAACAUCCUGGCCAUGCCCAUCAUGAACGGCAAGGACGUCAUGGCCGUGAUCAUGGCUGUGAACAAGCUCGAUGGCCCCUGUUUCACCAGCGAAGACCAAGAUGUUUUCUCCAAAUACCUGAAUUUUGCCACGCUGAACCUGAAGAUCUACCAUCUGAGCUACCUCCACAACUGUGAGACACGGCGAGGCCAGGUGCUGCUGUGGUCGGCCAACAAGGUGUUUGAAGAGCUGACAGACAUCGAGAGGCAGUUCCACAAGGCCUUCUACACAGUGCGGGCUUAUCUCAACUGUGACCGCUAUUCUGUGGGCCUCCUGGACAUGACCAAGGAAAAGGAAUUCUUUGACGUCUGGCCUGUGCUGAUGGGAGAGGCCCAGCCCUACUCAGGCCCACGCACACCCGAUGGCCGGGAAAUUGUCUUCUACAAGGUCAUCGACUACAUCCUCCAUGGCAAGGAGGACAUCAAGGUCAUCCCCACACCCCCAGCCGAUCACUGGGCCCUGGCCAGUGGCCUUCCAACCUACGUGGCGGAAAGUGGCUUUAUCUGUAACAUCAUGAACACCUCCGCGGACGAGAUGUUCAAGUUCCAGGACGGGCCCCUGGACGACUCUGGCUGGGUCAUCAAGAACGUGCUGUCCAUGCCCAUCGUCAACAAGAAAGAGGAGAUCGUGGGGGUGGCUACGUUUUACAACAGGAAGGACGGGAAGCCCUUUGACGAGCAGGAUGAGGUCAUCAUGGAGUCCCUGACACAGUUUCUGGGCUGGUCGGUGCUGAACACGGACACGUAUGACAAGAUGAACAAACUGGAGAACCGCAAGGACAUCGCGCAGGACAUGGUCCUCUACCACGUGCGAUGUGACAAGGACGAGAUCCAGGCAAUCCUGCCGACCAGAGACCGUCUGGGGAAGGAGCCUGCAGACUGUGAGGAGGAUGAACUGGGCCUCAUCCUGAAGGAAGAGCUGCCAGGACCCAGCAAGUUCGACAUCUACGAGUUCCACUUCUCCGACCUGGAGUGCACCGAGCUGGAGCUGGUCAAAUGUGGCAUCCAGAUGUACUAUGAGCUAGGCGUGGUCCGCAAGUUCCAGAUCCCCCAGGAGGUCCUGGUGCGGUUCCUGUUCUCCGUCAGCAAAGCCUAUCGCAGGAUCACCUACCACAACUGGCGCCACGGCUUCAACGUGGCCCAGACCAUGUUCACGCUGCUCAUGACGGGCAAGUUGAAGAGCUACUACACUGACCUGGAGGCCUUCGCCAUGGUGACAGCCGGCCUGUGCCACGACAUCGACCACCGCGGCACCAACAACCUGUACCAGAUGAAGUCCCAGAACCCCUUGGCCAAGCUCCACGGCUCCUCCAUCCUGGAACGGCACCACCUGGAGUUCGGGAAGUUCCUUCUGUCCGAGGAGAGCCUCAACAUCUACCAGAACCUGAACCGGCGGCAGCACGAGCACGUGAUCCACCUCAUGGACAUCGCCAUCAUCGCCACCGACCUGGCGCUCUACUUCAAGAAGAGGACGAUGUUCCAGAAGAUCGUGGACGAAUCUAAGAACUACGAGGACAAGAAGAGCUGGGUGGAGUACCUGUCGCUGGAGACCACGCGGAAGGAGAUCGUCAUGGCCAUGAUGAUGACGGCCUGCGACCUGUCCGCCAUCACCAAGCCCUGGGAAGUCCAGAGCAAGGUGGCUCUGCUGGUCGCUGCUGAGUUCUGGGAACAAGGAGACCUGGAAAGGACCGUCCUGGACCAGCAGCCCAUUCCCAUGAUGGACCGGAACAAGGCAGCCGAGCUCCCCAAGCUGCAAGUCGGCUUCAUCGACUUCGUGUGCACGUUUGUAUACAAGGAGUUCUCGCGGUUCCACGAGGAGAUCCUGCCUAUGUUUGACCGACUGCAGAACAACAGGAAGGAGUGGAAGGCGCUGGCAGACGAGUACGAGGCCAAAGUGAAGGCCCUGGAGGAGGAGAAGAAGAAGGAGGAGGACCGGGUGGCCCCCAAGAAAGGCGGCACAGAGAUCUGCAACGGGGGCCCGGCCCCCAAGUCUUCCACCUGCUGCAUCCUGUGAGCUGCAUCCCGGGACCUGGCCUGGGACCUGCAGAGCCCCCAGCUCCGUCUCUGGCAGUCUGGCGU